GGUGCCAUGGGAGGGGCCUGGGGUUAGUGGCUACCUCACAGGCCCUGCCUGCCCAGAGCCCUGAGCGGAAGGGUGGGCAUCCCCUGCCUUUAGACCCCAAGAGCCAGGCUGCAGAGGAGCUCUGGCUCCAAGUCCCAGCCCCUCUCAGAGGAGGCGGGCGGCCCUCUGCAGCCAGCGGCUUCUCAGCUCGGAGCUCCAGAGCCAGAUGUAACAUUGACCUUAAAUGGUAAAAGCUCCCCAGAGUGAAGAGAGGCUGGCCAGAGGAGGAAAGGGGAAUAACUCAGUUUUAGAUGAGAAGCCCAUGGCCAGGCCAGGACUGUUUCUCCUCGACUUGCAAGAGACCAGCCAGGGGAUUCUGAGCCACCUAGGAUGAACUGCAGGACAUCGGGGCCGUGGUUGGGUCGUGAUGCCAUGGCUGAGAGAACUCAGCAGCCUGCUCAGUGCGUGGGAAGGACCCUAUGGAGUACAUGCUGUGUGCCACCUUGCACGCACUUCCUAAUUUAAUCCACACGACGGCCCUAAAAGCCUGCGGAGCCCAGGCCUCUUGGAGCAUCUUUGGGGCUGACGCAGCAGAGGUUCCGGGCACACGCGGCCACUCCAGCCAGGAGGCUGCCAUGCCCCACAUUCCCGAGGACGAGGAGCCCCCCGGAGAGCCACAGGCAGCCCAGAGCCCUGCCAGUCAAGACCCUCCCUCCACAGAAAUAUUUCACAGUCCACCUACAAUCGUCCUGACUGGGGAUGCCAGUUCACCUGAAGGAGACGCUGAUAAAAACCUGGCCAACAGAGCUCACAGUCCCCACAGAAGGCUGUCUCACCGGCACCUGAAGGUGUCCACUGCUCCGCUGACUUCUGUGGACCCUGCGGGGCAUGUUAUUGACCUGGUAAAUGACCAGCUGCCAGACAUCAGCAUCUCAGAAGAGGACAAGAAAAAAAACCUGGCCCUGCUGGAAGAAGCCAAGUCUGUGAGUGAGCGAUUCUUGACCCGCCGCGGGAGGAGGUCCAGGAGUGGCCCCGGAGACUCCCCAUCUGCUGUUUCCCCGCACCACAGCCCAGGAGCUUCUCCCGCACACUCUCGGAGCAGCUCACUCACAGUCCCCACCCCGCCAGGUUUGGAUGUGUGCGGUGGCUCGCAGUCCCCUCUGCCAGGAGCACCUCCACAGCAGAAGGGGGAUGAUGCCGAUGUCUCCGCACCUCACCUUGGCGAGCCUAAUAUUCCCAAAGGGCUAGCUGACCGGAAGCAGAAUGACCAGAGGAAAGUGUCUCAGGGCAGGCUGGCUCCUCGCUCUCCCACAGUUGAGAAGUCUAAAGAGCUUACAAUAGAACAAAAGGAAAACUUUGAUCCCCUUCAGCACCCCGAGACUACACCCCAGGGCCCAACUUCUGGCACAAGCAGCAGUGGGAAAAUGGCCCUGAACAGCCCCCAGCCUGGCCCUGCCGAGAGCGAGCUGGGGAGGCAGCUCCUGAAGACGGCCAGGGAGGGCAACCCUCUGCCCAGAAGUCCAGCCCAGGGCUCCGGAGGGGUGGCUUCACCAGCUCCCCAGGGAAAAGGCUCAGCCGGAGAGCCCCAGGGAUCUAAGUUUGGCUCCAAAGCUGAGCUGCGUCCCCCUGUGUCCCGGCCACCCCUGAUACGGGGAGUGUCCUGGGACAGUGGCCCCGAAGAGCCUGGGCCCCGGCUACAGAAAGUGCUUGCCAAGCUGCCUCUGGCAGAGGAAGAGAAGCGGUUUCCAGGCAAAGCCAGUGGCAAGCUGGCCAAGACUCCCGGGCUUAAAGACUUCCAGAUACAAGUGCAGCCCGUGCGGAUGCAGAAACUGACCAAGCUCCGUGAGGAGCACAUCCUGAUGAGAAAUCAGAACCUGGUGGGGCUCAAGCUUCCUGAACUGAGCGAAGCGGCCGAGCAGGAGAAAGGGAUCCCUUCUGAAUUCUCCCCAACUAUUGAGGAAGAAGAGUCAAAGAGUGGUUUGGAUGUCAUGCCAAAUAUUUCUGAUGUGCUGCUGCGCAAACUGCGAGUCCACAAGUCCCUCCCUGGAAGCACCCCUCCACUCACUGAAAAGGAAGUUGAGAACGUGUUUGUACAACUGUCCUUGGCCUUUAGAAAUGACAGCUACACCCUGGAAUCUAGAAUUAACCAGGCUGAAAGGGAACGCAACCUGACGGAGGAGAACACUGAGAAGGAACUGGAAAACUUUAAAGCUUCCAUUACGUCCUCAGCAUCACUCUGGCACCACUGUGAGCAUCGUGAGACCUACCAGAAGCUGCUGGAGGACAUUGCUGUCCUGCACCGCCUGGCUGCCCGUCUCUCUAGCCGAGCCGAGGUGGUGGGGGCUGUCCGCCAGGAAAAGCGCAUGUCAAAAGCAACAGAAGUGAUGAUGCAGUAUGUGGAGAAUCUGAAGAGGACCUAUGAGAAGGACCAUGCAGAACUCAUGGAGUUUAAAAAACUUGCAAAUCAGAAUUCAAGCCGCAGUUGUGGCCCCUCUGAAGAUGGGGUCCCUCGCACGGCGCGGUCCAUGUCCCUCACGAUGGGAAAGAACAUGCCCCGCCGGAGGGUCAGUGUUGCUGUGGUUCCCAAGUUUAAUGCCCUGAACCUGCCUGGCCAAUCUCCCAGCUCAUCACCCAUCCCCUCUUUACCGGUCCUGUCGGAAUCACCCAAUGGGAAGGGCAACCCACCUGUCGUCCCAGCACUGCCUGCACUUUUGGAAAAUGGAAAGACAAAUGGGGAGCCAGAUUGUGAAGCCUCUGCUCCUGUGCCACCCCCGAGCUGCCUGGAGGAGAUUAGCCAAGAGACCAAGGCCAGGGUGGAGGAAGAAGCCUACAACAAGGGAUAUCAGGAAGGUCUAAAGCAGACCAAAGAACUUCAAGGCCUGAAGGAAGAAGAAGAAGAACAGAAGAGUGAGAGUCCUGAGGAACCUGAGGAGGUAGAAGAAACUGAGGAAGAGGAAAAGGACCCGAGAAGCAGCAAACUUGAAGAAUUGGUCCAUUUCUUACAAGUCAUGUAUCCCAAACUGUGUCAGCACUGGCAAGUGAUCUGGAUGAUGGCUGCAGUGAUGCUGGUCUUGACUGUUGUGCUGGGACUCUACAAUUCCUAUAACUCUUGUGUGGAGCAGGCUGAUGGGCCCCUUGGAAGAUCCACUUGCUCAGCAGCCCAAAGGGACUCCUGGUGGAGCUCAGGACUCCAGCAUGAGCAGCCUACAGAGCAGUAGGAAACCUGAUUCCUAGCCAAUGCCCUGCUCCAAGACAUCAGCCACCACCUUGUCCCCAAGUCUAGUGCAUCAGGUUCAGGUCCAUGGACGUCCUGCCACCCCUCCCGUUGGGGGAUGAGGAGGGCUUCUCUUCACACUUGGCACCACUGUGGGAAUUAUUCAGACCACAGUAACUUGAUGUUCUUGGAGGAUCAACAAACCUGUUUGGAAAAGCAUCUGGUGGAUGAAAAAGUGACUGUCACCAAGGAAGUCUAGGCAAAGGGAAGGACUCCUGAUCCUAGCUCAGAUGGCUAGGGAGAAUUAAUACACCUUCACUGGGGGACAGUAAGAAGCUCACUCUCCCCUUUUCCUCUCAACAGUUGGGUACCAGGAAGAAUUGUGCUGAACAGCUAACAGUGGCCCUAAGAGUCAGACCUAGAAUUCCCAGUCACACGUGAAUAUGUUCCCAAUUCCCAUCUCAUUUUCCAUAACACUCCUUUGGCCUCUCCUUUUCCCCUUCAGAAUCAGUUUCUUUUCACAGAAUAGGAAAGGUUUCUCAGAAAAAUGGACAGGCCGGAUUUAGCUCAGUGCUUGAAAUGAAAUAUGGGAAGAUGCAAAUCAAGGUCUGUGCAUCUGUACACAAACACAACACCCACAACACGCGUGUGCACGAAGCCAACAACCCUCCAAAAGUGUGCUCUAAAGAAAUACGAUGCGUGUCAAGCCAACCCAUAGAUUUUCACUCAGUGUGGGGCAGUCACAGCACCUGUACAGUGAACUAUCCACACAGAAUGAAGAUGUUUGAAAACUUGUGGCUUCUAUGGCAGACUUUCUGGUCUCCAUGUCAGAUGCCAACUCUAAGCUGCUGUACAGCACAAUCUGUUUCCUAUUUGUUCUCUCCCUUUGAAAGUAGUUAACCCACCUCUCAAGUGAGCAAGGAGAAAUGGUGUGCUUUUAGCUUCAAGCUUUCGCUCUAGGGGGGCCACAUGCAAGGGGGAAAUUGCACUUUUGGGCUUCCGUUGCAACAGGAUUUCCAAACCUCGCAUACGCUCCAGAGCAUUCCCAAUUGUUCAGCACAGAGCUGAAGGAGCAAAUCUCCAAUUUGAUGUCACUCCCCCCCUUUUCAGCCACUGCCUUCAUCAGCCCUCAUCAGUUUGGUGGUAGUGGUGGGUGUUGGCUUCAGUAUGGGUUCUAUGUGGUUGCCUUAGGUUUUGUUUGCUAUUAUUUACUUUUGCAGCCAACAUUCAUAUAGAACUUACUCUGAGCCAAGAACUAUUCUCAGUAUUAUUUGAGAAUAUUAAUUCGUUUAGUCCUCAAGGGGGAAAAAAAACCUCUGAGAUGGAUAUUAUUCUUUCCAUUUUCAGAUAAGGAAACUAAAGCACAAAAAAAGGUAAAUAACUUGUUAAGAACAAACAGUAAAUCAUGGAGCUAGCUCUCCAAACAGGGUGGACUGUUUCCAGGGACUGUACCCUUAACCCCCCGCACUAUAUUGCUUCUCCAGUGGUCUCCUAGCUGGAUGCCUGUCCUUCCAAUCUCACUCACCCAAUUGGUCCUUCAGCUCUUCCAAGGCACCUCUGCUUCCCAAACUAUGGCUGUUUCCCAAACUAUUGAUUCCCAAAUUAUGCUGUUCUAGACCUUCAGUGAUUAGUUUUUCUCUUGCUGUUAUUUUCUUUUGUUCACUCUUUAGGGCCAAGUGCAAAAAUCGCCCCUCCAUACAGGCUUUAAUGACCUUUUUCCCACACUCUCCCUACACCCAAAAUAAUGGUUCAUACCCUCUGUGCUUUCUGGCUCUUAAGUAUUUUCAUUAUUUACCUAUACCCACCAUCUAUCACCAUAAUUUAUUUCUAUUAUCUGUUCCUCCAAGCAUUUUUCCUCAAAGACAAGAACCAUGUCUUACCCAUCUGUUGGGUAGGUACCUAACAUGGUGGCUGAUGCUUGGGAGGGGGUCAUUAAAUUUUGGUCAAAAGAAGAAGUGGAACAUUUAAGGUGGUGGAGAGCACCCUGGGACUGCUGAGAUUUUUGCAGUUUUCCCAGUACCAGCACCAGCACCACCUCCAUCUCUACGAGAAGAGUCACAUUUUUGUUGACCUGAGCUUGUUUUAAUAUUUCUCAGGCUAUUCUGUGAAGAGCAGGAAUGCAAUCAGGCUAGCAGCAACACUGUUUCCAAGUUCAAGGAUGGGCUCAACACAAUCACUCCCUUCAAAUAGUCACCUUUAGUCUAGACCCCACUUUAAAACUGCAUGUUUAUUGAAGGGGGUGUCCUUUACAGUGGCUGGAAAAUGACUGAGAGAGAAGCCCAAACCAGGGUUGACCAAGGAUGUGCCAUUAAGGUAAAGAGGUACAGACAAAGUGGAGGGACUUUGGAGACAUGGGUGGAUGGUUUACCUGGCCUCUUCCAACAGGCACAGAUACAACUGAAGAAGCUUUAGUUACACAAGGCCCUCAGAGCCAAAGGCAGGCUGUGAAUGGAGAUCCAGAGAGAACAGCUGUAGAACAAGACUCUAAAUGGCCAACAUCCAAUCUCAGCCCCCCAUAAAAAAGGACUAGGCUGAGUUGGCCCAUUGCCCACUUGGCAUAAGGUUCCCAUCCCUGUUUCCAGGUGAGAUAAGGCAAGGAGAGCUGGUGCUGAUAGCUUCUGCACCUCCAGCUUCCCCUACAGAAAGGCCCUCAGAGAACUUCAGACACAAGCCCUCGCCCACAAUACUCCAUUUGUGAGUAAGGAAAGUUGAGGAAGAGGACGCUCCAAACGGGAGCAUAAGAGUAGCCAUAUUUACAUAGGCAUGGCUGAAAAAGUACUCAUCAGUCUGUUUUUUUCUGGAAGCAAAGAUCAACCUGAAGUAGUUGUAUCUGCUGCCAAAGCAGUUGUGAAAGGGAAGAAGACCUGUAUUUCUAAUAUGACAUUGAUCUGAAAUAAAGUUCCCCUCAAAAUGCCUCUGACAUUGCUGCUGGAGCCUUAGAUGUCUGGUUGCCUACCUUCAGUUACAAAGUGAUGUGUGGUUUGCAUCAUUGUUGACCUCACCUCCUGAAAGUCCUUCACUUUCUGGCUGCCGCAAAGUUGUGUGUGCUGCUCCCCAUGAACAGCCUGGCAGAGUCAAAUGGGAAGGGAGACGCUGGAUUUGUGUAUCACUGGCUGUCAGUUGCUAAUGUUGUUAAGCCUCACACAGGUGUGCUAGCAUUGAACUAUAAAGUGUCACAUACCUGAGUUUGAAAAAUAAAAGCACAUUUCUAAACCUUU